CCCGCCGCCCCCGCGCCCGCCGCCAUGACCGAGGAGCCGUACGAGAAGUUCCUGGCCCCCGAGGAGCCGUGCCCGCUGCUCUCGCACCAGCACCCGCCGCGGGGCGGCAGCUUGAGCCUGAGCGAGGAGGGCUGCCUGGACGUCAGCGAUUUCGGCUGCCAGCUCUCGUCCUGCCACCGCACCGACCCGCUGCACCGCUUCCACUCCAACAGGUGGAACUUGACAUCUUGUGGGACGAGCGUGGCCAGCUCGGAGUGCAGCGAGGAGCUGUUUUCUUCGGUGUCAGUGGGGGAUCAGGAUGAUUGUUACUCUCUGCUGGAUGACCAGGAGUUCACCUCUUUUGAUCUGUUCCCCGAGGGCAGUGUCUGCAGUGAUGUCUCCUCUUCUAUCAGCACAUACUGGGAUUGGUCAGACAGCGAGUUUGAGUGGCAGUUGCCUGGCAGUGACAUUACAAGUGGGAGUGAUGUGCUUUCUGAUGUUAUACCGAGUAUUCCAAGUUCUCCCUGUCUGCUUCCUAAAAAGAAAAACAAGCACAGGAAUCUUGAUGAACUUCCAUGGAGUGCAAUGACAAAUGAUGAACAGGUUGAAUAUAUUGAAUAUUUGAGUCGCAAAGUCAGUACAGAGAUGGGCCUUCGAGAGCAACUUGAUAUUAUUAAAAUUAUUGAUCCUACUGCUCAGAUCUCACCUACAGAUAGUGAAUUCAUUAUUGAAUUGAACUGUCUUACAGAUGAAAAACUGAAACAGGUGAGAAACUAUAUCAAGGAACACGGACCUCGCCAGCGGUCUGCAAGGGAGAGCUGGAAGAGGAGCAGCUACAGCUGUGCGAGUACCAGUGGCGUGAGUGGUGCCAGUGCCAGCAGCAGCAGUGCCAGCAUGGUCAGCUCAGCAAGCAGCAGUGGCUCCAGCGUUGCCAACUCUGCUUCAAACUCCAGUGCCAACAUGAGUCGAGCGCACAGCGACAGCAAUUUGUCCACGAGUGCUGCAGAAAGAAUCCGGGAUUCAAAAAAACGCUCCAAGCAACGGAAACUCCAGCAGAAGGCCAUACGCAAGAGACAGCUGAAAGAGCAAAGACAAGCUCGUAAGGAAAGACUGAGUGGAUUAUUUCUUAACGAAGAAGUGCUGUCUUUAAAAGUGACUGAGGAGGACCAUGAAGGAGAUGUGGAUGUUUUGAUGUGACAGGGGUGAAUUUAUCAGUGUUCUUUCUAAGCCUUAAGUGUAUUAUCCUUAUUGUUUACAUGUAUUUCUUGACCAAAUUUUUCUUAGUAUUCACAAUACAACCCAGAUCUUUUCUCAAGUGUAAUUUUGCUAAGAAGGUCUAAGUAUUGAGUAACUUCAGCUUUUUGAGACUAGUUUUGCAACAAAGAGUUCAGAAACUUAUCUGUCUUCUGAAAAGCUGCUGAAUAGAUAUGAUUUUAAGUAAAUUUGAACUUGGCUAACCUGCUAACUUACUUGCACAUAAGUCUAGGGGCGCUUUUGGGUGACACAAAGUAUGCAUUACUAUGCUUCAGCUUUUCUAGUUUUUUUCCAACUUAGAGUUAGUUUUACACUUGACUUUUUCUGUCUUCCUUUCCCAUUAUUAGGAAGAUUGUUUAGCAUGAGGAAAAGUCUUUUGCUUUAUGGGGCUUUCUUCAGCCUUGCAAUUAAGUUGUCUAGGACACUACUUAAAAUAGUUAAAAACACUGCUGGAAACUGAAGUGCAAACAAAUGGCACACAACAUAUUCAAAUAUGCUUCUGGGGAUGUGGUUUUCUUCCCCAGAAGCAUAUCUAAAUAGAUUUAUAUUGUUGACAGGAGAACUUAAUUAAUGCAGCUGUACUUGUUAAAUUGUAUGUUUAGCUGAGGUUGUCUUCUGUGUUACACCAUGACAUGUAUCAGAAUUCUUUUGUUGUCUAUCAGCUUUUGAAAUUCCUCAUCAUAAGAAAAUUAAGUAAAAUUGUGGCUUUCAGGUAGGGAAGUAGUUGUAAUUUCAACCUUUUUCUUAAUUCUGACAAUCUUUAAGCUGAUUUUAGUCUUUGGAACUACCUUUAUAGAACUCUUCCCCGUGUGGCUGAGAUAAAAAUGAUGGUUCUAAAUUUUAAUACGAAAUUUAAAAGUUUAUAAAAGUAUUUUUGAGUUCUGAGUUUAGGAAAUAAUUUUUAAUUAUGUUGAUGCUUCAUUACUUUAAUUUUGCGCUUGAAUUAAGGACUUUGACACCUUAGCCUGGCCAUAGGUGUCUGUGAUUGCAGGAUAUGACCCAAUCCUGCAAAAUGCAUGAUCAGCUUUAGGACUACUGACAUUUAAUGUUCCAUGUCAUACCCAGACUUAUUAGCCCUAACAGCUCAAGUAUUUUUCUUUCUGAAGUGGUGUUCCUUUUAGCCUCAAAAUAAACUGACCAGUAAAUUAUCUGAACAAUGGCCUCUGGAAGGGUUUUGAUAAGAAAUAAAUGAGGUCCAUAGUCAAACAAGUAUGUUUGAACUUAGUGCUGCUCUACAACAAGUCCCCAGGCUUGGCCACUGACUGACUAAAAGCCAGGUAAUGUAAUUUUAAGCUCAUGUUAGCUAUCCCAUAUGGCCAGUUAUUUGUCCACUAACCACAAGUGUCUGUGACCUGUCAGUAUUUGCUUGUACUGCACUGUUGCUGGUUGAUGCCUCCCUCCUGUAUAAUGAAUACUGAAAACUUCUUAACACUAUACACUUUACUGAGAAUUUAGAUUGGCUUAAAACUGGAGCUUCUUUUAAAUAUCUUGUACGGGAGAUAAAAUUUAAUUGCUAUCAAUUUGGCAAAUUUCAGGGUGCGGUUGUUAAACUCUUUCAUGGUAAUGGCUGAAUUCAUCAUGAAAUACUUCACCAUGUGUACACUGUCACAGUUCAGUACAACCUUUAUUUUCUGCAGUGACUUUGAGAUGUGAUUGAUUUUUUUUUUCUGAAGAAAAAUGCACACUUUGUACUGUGGAGAAUUGAAACUCUGAAGUGAAUUGUAAGAAAGGUGCAAUAUCUCAGUGUGGUGGAGCAUGAAAGUGUGUCACUUUAUUCUGUUUCAGCAGUUAUUCGGAGUUUAGAAUGCCUCAGGGUUUUACUGAGAGAAGACCCCAUCAUUUUGAUGAGGUACAGUUCAUUGUGGUCAUCUGUCUACUAGCUUCCAGAGAUCUUGAAGUGAGGGAGGAUAGUAUUUCCAUCAUAGUGUGAGCAUGUAAGUAUAAAUUAUUCUAAGUGAUUAGAUGGGUCCAGUUGCUCCUCUGUUACAUUGGACAGAAAGGUCCUGGGUGCCAGAAUAGCUGUUUGUGCUGUGUUGUCUUCAGCAGGUACUUCAGGCAUGUGGUGUGACAGUUAAAAUGACAGAGGAGAAUGAAUUUCCAGGUAUUCCAUGUUAAUAAUUAAUAGCUCUGCAAUCUCAUAGAUCCAGGAUGCUCAUAAGAAUACAAAGAAUAGAAAACUGUGAAUGUUCUGGUAGGAAUGCACAAUAACAUCAUCUUGAAUGUUCUUCACCAAGUACUUAGAGAUACAAGUUAUCUUUUCCUGAUUGCAGAGAAUCAGGCCCGAAGUGACUGUGGCAUUCAAGAGUUCUCACAUACUUCUACGCAUUUGGGUUUCUUUUCCUUUUGCUUUCUUAUCCUCUGUAGUUCCAGUGACCCACUCAUUUUUUAGUGGGGGGAGAUUUUUUGUCAGAUUCAUUUUUGUCUGUGCAGUAUGCCCAAUGCUUACUCAGGAUGACCCAUGUUUUAAAAACAUGGCAGCUUUAAAAGACGUGUAAGUGUGGCACUUAGAGAUGGUCAAGUGGUGGGUUUGGCAGUGUUAGAUUUAGGGCUGGAGUUGAUGAUCUUAAAAGGACUUUUCCAAUCUAAAUUUAUUAAUUUCUGUGAAAUACCUGUGGUAUUAGUCAAACAGUUGGAAUGUCAAGGAAAUCUGGUCUUGCUGAUUUAAGUUUUGGCCAUUGUGGCUACAGGUGUAACUACUGAGUUCUGAUGAAGAGUAACAGACUGCUAAAAUAAUGCAUCCUUAUUGUGUUUUUUUCUUAAAAAAAUAAAUAAAACCCCUGCUUUUUAUUAAUAGAGAAGAAACAUCAAGCUUAAAAGCAACACGGAGACACAGGAAAAAGCUCAUAGUUACAUGGUAUCAUGGUACCAAAACUGUGUCUCUAGGAACUUUGUACCCACUGAAAUGUGAAUAUAAUCAAUUUACACUCUGUAAUGAUAACAGUUUGCUUCCAUGGUGACUUUUUCUCUAAAAAGGCUUAGAAGGAGCACUGAAAAUCAGAUUGCAACAGGACUGUAAACAAGAGAGAACAUUACUUUCUAAUAUGAUUUUAAAUAUGAUGAAGAAAGCUGCCUGACAAACUUGGCUGAUUUCUGUGUAUCUAAUGUAAUCUUUUGUUAAAAUACCUAAUUUUUUUUCUAAUCUGGGAAGCUGAUAAAAAGAUGGUUACAAUGUGCUCAGUAUUGGGUGCUUAUUCAGAAGAGCAGGAAAAGUCUUUGCAAGACUUUCCUGGGCUCAAAUUUUAGUUCUCAUAUUGUGGUUUGAAACCUGUGAAUCUCAUUCUCUGGGGAGAAAACAACCCAACCAACCAGCUUGAAUUUACAUGCAUUUACAUCAGAGUGCAUAUACAAUACAGAAAGAUAAAAAUGGCAAUAUUUACUGUUCAUGUAUGCUGAAUGGCCUGAAGCCAUUUCUUUUCUCCUAACACUCUUUCAACUUUGAAAUCAGUUGAUACAUUGGUCUAUAAAUAUUAAUAAAUCUGACUGUUUUGGGAGCUUUUGAAGUUCAUUCAUAUAAGCCAGAUUUUCAUGGCAAAUGUUGUUAGAUUUAUUGGUUUAAUGUUCUUAAGCUUACUGAUCUUGCAAUUUGUGGGCACAGAAAAGUCAACACUUGUCCAUUUAAGGAUUGCAAAGAUUAAUUUAUUAAUCUAUCACAGGCAAAUCUAAGUAAUAUUCAAAGUUUGUCUAUUUUGACUGUUAACUCUGAUGAAUCAUAUUUGCAUUCUCUCUUCUCUGGCUAACUUGAAAACAUUUCCAAAUGACAAAUAAAUUGUUCAGUGUAAAAAAAAUAAUUGUAACAUUGAAGCCUUGAAUAUAGUUAAUAACCAAAGCAAGGGGAAGGUGGGAGGGUUGAUUUUUUUUUCUUUUUGUCAGAGGGAGAGAUGAGGGUAUAGACUAUAUGGUAUUGCUUAAAUUGAGUUUUUUUUCCUCCAGGUUCUCUGCUAAUCAUAUUGCUAAAAUGCACUUUUGUAUAGAAAAAUCAUUCUCUGUACAUUCUGUAUCUACUUUACCCAAUGUUUAUAGAGAUUUUUCUGAAGUUGUGAAGGAUUUACUGAAGGCUCUGAUGCUGUUGAAUUCAAGUUUUCAUUGUAUUUGAAAAUGGUUAUGUGCAUAUUGAAGUACAGGUUGGAAUUAAAAUUAAUGAUAUAGCAAAGAUUCUUAUGAAACUAUGUGGUAUCUUCUUCAGAGCAGGAGGAUUUGUAUACAGGACCUGCGGAGUCACUCUUCAGGCAGAGAAUACAAAUGAAGUGGCACAUCUUAACUGUUCUUGAGAAAGCAAACUGAUCCCCCCUUAGCUAAAGGAGUUUGUUAACCACAAAAUCUGCCAAGAAUUGUUUCAUAGGGAAGCAAUUAAUUGUUGUGAAUUGUAUAACCCAAGGACACGUAUUUAUAGCUGUCUGUCCUUUGUUUUGAUUCCUGUGCCAGAAGUAUUUUUUAAUAUAUGUACUCAGCACCAGCAAGAACACAGCACUCUUUGAAUAGGCAAGAGUGAGGACACUUGCCAACUUGUAUAAGUUGUGUCCCUGAACAAAAUUUGCCUUCUGCAAUACUGAAGUUUUAAGUGUAAUAUUGUGAAAACUCCUUUUUCCCCUCGGAAUACACCAAAAAAAAAAAUUCCUGAAAACCUGAGAAGAGGAUAGCUGGCAUAGGGAUGUAUUCCUCAACGUGCAGAAGGUUUCCUGCAGCAUCUCAGGGAUCUAAAACUGCCUUCUUUGUCUUGGCUAUGGCUCUUCAAACACUUCUAGGGGUUGAUUCUCAUCAAACACUGACAGAAGUUAAAACUGACCCAGUGUUGCUGUCCCAGUUUCUGUAGAUGUGAAGUGAUGGAGAAGGACAAGGUGAAAAAUGCUGCAUAUCACAGCAAGUCUUGUCAAACUGUGAGAGAUCUUUAAUUACUGUUAACAGAACUGUGGAAGCUCUUGCUCUUGUGGUGCUGUGCCUUCACCUGAGCAGCCUGCUUGUGUGUUUUUUCUGUUCUCACCCAAAGGUGAGUGACAGUGUGGAAUGUUCUGCCACAAAAACCAAAUUGAAAUGCUUCCAAGAACAUUGACCCAUUGGGGUGUUCAGUUGUUGUAGGGGCUGAUGUUUCCUUAGAUAGCACCCAGAAGCUGCAAGGAAGCUGACGCUUACUUUCCCAGGAACUUUCCCAUCUGUCCUGUUGCAGCAGUUCAUUAUCAAGGUGCCAGUUGCACAGGUGAGUCUGAUCUGGCCAACAGCUGCCUGUCUCCAGGGUUACAUAGGCACAACCAGUGAUGUUAUGAAUCUCUUAUUAUAGCUGUCCUUAAGCAUUUCUUCAUUUUUCUCUCAAGUGUAGCCAGUUCCACUGCAUUGAUGGCCAAACACUGUUGAGGCACAAGCUGAAUGAAGAUUUCCACACAGGCAAAACCAAUUGAUAAGCUUGCUUUGCUUAAUUGACAGGGAAAGGUGUCAUUGGCUAUGGGUUUGCUGUCCUCAGCCACUCUUACUAUACUGUGCUGAACUGAACACUUCAUCCAAACAUUUUCCAGCACAAAACUAGUUACCGUUUGGUUUCCUGAGAUCCUUUGUAUGUGUUCCUAAAGAUCCUGUGCUUUACCAGGUAGAAAACAUCUUUUCACCUCCUCCUAGAACAUUCAUCCAUUGUAAAUUGUUUCUCUAGUGCUGAAAUCAAAUUUAAAUCCAAAUCCAUAUUUCUGUUCUGAAAUAUCAUUUAAUGCUCUUUCCUCCAUGGUGCAGUGACUUACACCUGGAAGCAUCACUGGUGUAAGAAUUUAUUUCUAAUAAUGUAGAACACAUCCCUGAAGCUAAAGCAUGAUAAUUCAUCGUGGCAUUAGAGUCUUUCUGAUCUUUCUUCAGUGGAAGCAACUGCAGUAUUGCUGCAAAGUUUCUCGAAGGAGAAUUUACUGCAGUGGUUGAUGCUGAAGUGUGACAGCCGAUUAUCACGGCGAGUACCUUGGCCCGUCUGUUGUCACCAGGGGGAGCACUGUGGUCAUUUAGUGGAUUUUAAACCACAGCGGCCGAAGUUGCUUUGCUGCAAACGCUUUCCUUUUUUCUGUUGUAUCCUGUUAAAAGAUGUUAGGGGGAUCUGCUUCUCCUUCUAUGCUGUUUUUGGAGUAGGGAUCUUUCCGUUAAGGGUCAAUUUUACAAUAAAAACAUUUCCAGUGACUAACGCGAAAGUUAGCUUUUUCUGUUUAUGAUGAUUGGUAAUUCUUGCCUGGUCCUGGUUAUUGCAACUAAAAGGUGGAAGUACACUCCUGCUUAGUGUUAAGUAUGAGCUGCAUUGCUGUUUAAAUUUCCCGAUUUCUGUUUUGAAUUCAGACUUCCUCACUGUGGACUGGGAAUUUUGCAAAAUAUUAGGUGAUGAAUAGAAAACAAGCAGCCAGCUUGUAAUGUGCUGAGUCUCAUAAUGUACAUAGCUGUCUGUCCAUGGGAGGCAGUGCAGACAAGAUAUAGCUUGACCAACUUUAUCUUUUUUUAAUAAUAAUCUCUGAACUGGGCUUCCUUUGGAACAAAGGAAAGUACUGCUUCAAAGGGAGCUGUUCUGUAGUGUUUCUUUUUCUCUCUUUGCUCGUCUGACAGUUAUUGCUACCUUUCAAAAAGCUUGCUAACACACAUAAAUGCAGAGAACAUGUGAGGAGUUCUCCCUAAUAUCUUGGGUUCAUUCUUGGAAGUCAAGCUUUUAAUGGUUCUGUGCAGAACUAGGAAGGCUUUGAACACUUCUGUGUGGUUGCAGAGCCGUCCUCUGUUAUGUCAGUAGCUGUCAUAAAAACAGUAGCAGAUUCUGAAGUUUUCAACUGUAGGAUAUUUCCCCUGGGAAGGUGUGUGCCCAAAUAAUCUUGGAAGGAGGGAACAGUUUUAAAUCAAUCACAGAGUAAAGAGAUUUAAAAUGUGGCAGAAAGCUGUUUAUAUCUUCAUAGCUUGUUUUUCUUGACACAUAGUUCCUGUCUAUAUUUCCUGAGAACAGCAACCUGUGAGUACAACAUGGGAGUUUAUUGCAGGGGUUGCUGAAAACAUAGUUUUAACUCAUUAUAGAUCAUUCUUGUUAUUUAGGUAAUUCUCAUUUCAUAUUUGUUUCCUUUCUUAGUAACUAAGAAGAAUCUUAGUUAAUCAACUUAAAAGUUGAUUUAGUCCUUGCUCUCUUUGUUCAGUGUAGAAAUAAAUAAUUAGUCACACGGUUUACUUUCUGUUGUGCCUAGUAGGAGCAAAGGAAGAACUGAAAUCAGUUCAUUUUAAUAGCUGGUCAAUUUUUAGGUGUGGACAGCAUCUAAACAUAGUUUAGAUUGUUCUGUAGGUUUCAUGUCUCCUGCGUUCCAGAGGUAUUUAAAGAUGCAGUGCACCAGUUACGAUCUUGAGGAGCACUGGAAGUACACAAGAACUGUGGCGAUGGGCACUAAAUGCUCCUCAUGCAGGGCAGGUUUGUGCAUGUCCAGAGAUUUUGUUCUUGAUCUUGUUUCGAAGCUGGAGCACAGUGGUGUGUUCACUACCUGGCUGGUACUUUCUGACAAGAGCAGUGUCAGCUGCCUAGCAGUUACUAUAAAUUCUUUUUGCUUAGGAUCUCACAACUCCUGGGUGAUUCUACUUGGGAACUCCUCUCUGCUCUUCUAGGACAUAGACUAGUUUUGGGACCUCUCUAUCCUAACUCUUUGUUACUGCUGAACAAAGCAAAAAUAUUGUGUAUUAGGAGGCUCUAAAAACUUGUGAUUGUGGUGCUAAGUCACCACACACUCAGAAGUAUAUUUCUUAUAUUCAACUAAUUACUCCCUGCUGAAAGUAUAAUUAAAGCUCAUUAAACAUUAAAGCUCAUCAAAUUGUCAUGUAUUUGUUUCAUGUUCUUUAAGUUAUGCUUGAUAUUCAGCCAGCUCUGCUUUGGAAUAGUCCCUCUUGGGUAGUACAGGGGACCAGGGCCUACCAUGCCUAGGAUUGGUAAAACCUUUUACUCUUGGUAGAUGGAAGUGAUCAUUUCAGUGACAAUUAAUAUUGACUAAUUUGACAGUCAGAUUAAGAAAUGCAUGCAUUUAUGUGAGUAUUUAAUUUUAUUAAAUUCAAGGUAAGGGAAAAAGCACUGUGGUGCUAGCAAGCCUUUAUGAAGUUGGAAAGAAUAUUUUUUCUGCCUUAUUUUUAAAUAAGGUGAGUUUAUUUACCAAAUAGAAAGUAUUCACAAUGUGUGUUUGACUUAUAAACAUGUUGCUCCACAAAUGCAUGCACUUCCUCCUGAAACAAUUCAAGCCAUAAAACUGUUUGUAGAAGUUACAAAUGUUAGCCAAGCAAAAAUGAAGCAGUCUAAAAUCCUAGCACAAACUCAUUUGUGUACUGAUCAACCCAUUUGUAGACUGAUAAAAUGAGUGUAAUUUAUGGUCAAGAUACCUUAUUGGCAUAUGUAUUAAAGUUUGGGGAUAUGUCUAUUUUUCUUGGUAUUGCAUUAGCUGUAAUUUCUAUGUAAUGCUUCAAUUCAUUUAUAUAUUUGCACAACAGACUGUCAGAUAAAAAAGUGCCAAAAUGUGUAUAAGGAGGUCAUCACUUUAGCUUAAUUGCACACAAAUUUCCUGCAGACUCUGAUGCUUAAGACCAAUAAUGAGACUGCUACAGCUAGAAUAAACGCAUUAGCCUAUAAAUUUAGAGCUUCUACUUGCUUUGUGAAGGGAGAAUCAUCUCUAAAUGAGCCUAGUAACAUGGAUUUGUGAUUAAUCAUUUUACUUGGUGACUCAUCUAUGAUCACAGUACAACAAAAAUGUCAUGUUUGCUUAGUGGCAUUAGCACAAUUUAUCUUCUCUACAUUCAGAGAAUUGCCUUGUUGUCAAUGUGGGACUGGGAAUACAGCUGAGGAAUACUUUUGUUAAAGGACUUCUGAUGUCACUUUAUCUAAACCAGAGUUUAAACAAACAUAAAAAAUUUUAUAACUAUUCCCUUCCUUGAUAUUUAAUUAUUCUACUUGGUCAGGCCAAACCAUGAUCUUGAAUCUGUAAAACAAAACCAAUUUAACCUUGAAAACUGGUUUAUUCAAGUUGUCUCUGAAUUUUUCUUUUUAAGGCCACCCCUGCAAGUUAACUCUGUUUUUGAGAGACUUUUGCUUUCCUUGUUGCAGAGUAAACCCUGCUCAUUACUAGAAUGCUCAGGCUCAAACUUGACUUGUGGAUGUCAAGUUUGCAUAGGUGUUCUCUAACCCAGUCUUUCUUGACCAAGAGAAAGUCUUCCUCCCAACAUUCCUCCACCCUGGUUUCCUGAGUUAGAGAUUGCUGAGGGUUGGUCUUGUCAGUGAAGGCAAUGCAAAGGUGAUAAAAUGAUUGACUUUGAGUAUCAAAACUGAGAAAGAGAAAAGCCAAUCCAACACCCUCAGAGGAAACUUUGGUUUGAAGAGCAAAAUGUAUAACCAGAAGCUUUGGUGAGGAGGAAGAAUCACAUCUGCCCUGUACUGCUUAUUCAGUGUCUAAAAAGUCUAAGUUAAAUCUCUGCACUAGGAAUUAGGCUUAAAAAAAUUAAUAAUACUUACAUGUAUGUAUAAAUACAGCUGGUCUCUGGUUAUGCAUUUACAGAUUCAGGGUUUCUUGUGACUGUGAAAACUGAAAGUUGUCUUUAAAGGAAGUGACAGGGUCCUACAAUUUCAUAAUGGCAUCAGUGAAGCUUUAAUAAAAAACAUUACCUACAGGGAAUGCUUGCAAGCUUGGAUAAUAUAUCUGGAGAAGGGCAUAUCCGUGUGAUAAAACCGGAAUUUAAAGAAGAACCAGGGGCUUGUUGCUGGUCCCAUGAUAGCAUUGUUUUUUUCUUCACCUUUACAACUGAGCCUGCUGCCUCUGUGCUGUUUAGUGAUGAUCGAUGUGAACAUGCUGGAUCUGUUUACACGAAGUGAGCUGAAUCAUUCAACCUAAUAUUCAUUUGUUUGACUAAAGCCUCUUUAGAGCCACUUGUGAUCUGAUGACUAACGUAGCACAAAGAUGCUAAUGCUCAGUGUAUACAUAAAUCAUUAACUACUUAAUUUGGAUUUGGAAACCUGAGGCAACAGAAUGCUCCAUGGAGAAACAGCUAUAUAUAUCUAUAUAUCUAUAUAUCAUCUAUAUAUUUAUAUAUCUAUAUAUCUCCAUCCUAAACCACCUGUCUCCAGAGACCUGGAAUGCAUUAGAAAAAUUAAUGUAGUGACUGAACUAAAUCCAGAUCUUCUGUUCCAGAAGAAAGCAGAAAUUUUUACAGCUAGAAAAGCAUGGAAAUGCAGGAUCUGUUCUGCUGAGAUGGCAAAAAUUAACUUGAGCAGUACUGCCAGAAAAAAAAGUGAGAAUUGAGAAGAAUCUGAGACCUGCCAUAAUUUUUUAAAAAAUAUUUUGGAGGUGGUUUAGGUAAGAGUGUUUGUGUAAGAGAAAAAUGAGUUUUGGUCCCUCUUUAACUCCACAGAAUAGAAUUUGAAUUCUCACUUUAAAGUGAGACCUGAAAGCCCACUUCAACAGUAUUUCAGCCCAUUCCUGAAGGCAUAUUUAAUUACACUUUUUUAGUGAAGUGUUUUGGCACUGAUGGGGAAAGUGUAUCGUCCCCCCAAACUGAUAAACUCACUUGCUGAAUGCAUGUUAUAAGAACAGUUUUCUGUCAUUGAGGUUCCUGUUCUUAUCACUCUUGUCUCAUUCCUUCCUCCUGGUUAGUUAAUGAGCUGUGUCCCCCUGACUAAAAUACCAUAAAGAAUAUUACUGAUAAUGGAGCCUAAUGGAACAUGGGACUCUGUGCUGCUGCAAGGCACUAGGCUGCAAACUUCAUAAGGGGAAAUUUUGAGACUAGUUAUAUUUUUAGAUAUAAAUUACCACCGAGAGACAUUUCAUAAUGUCAGUGAAAGUAUUCUAUUCUCUGAAGCUUUUGUUACUCUUGUGUUACUUAAACAGGUUAGAUGAUUGUAUCUACAUAUGCAUAGUGCAGCAAAGCUGCUUCUGUACCAAAGCAAGCUGAUCCUGUGUUCAUUCCUGUAGGUCCAAGACUGUCCAGUUCUUAUACAGGAAAACAAAAUGCUGUGAGCUAGACUGGAUUUUGACACAUGUUGGAAGGGAAGCAGGACCUUCCAAUAUUCUUCCUGACAAUAAAUUUGCUCCUUUAAUACUA